ACUUUUAUUUUAGAUUCGGUAGGUACCUGUGCAGGUUCGUUACAUGAGUAUAUUGAGUGGUGCUGAGGUUUGGGGUAUUACUCAACCUGUCACCCAGGAUGUGAGGAUAGCAACCAAUAGGUAGUUUUUCAACCUUCCCUCCGUCUCUGUCCAGUGUUUCACUGUUUUGGAGUCCGCAUCCUCAUUUCCUUUCCUCUGCGUACGGGUCCUGGAGCAGGAUCGCCAGAUCAUGCAGUUGUUGUACUUUUAAUUUUCUGAAGAGUUUCUAUAUUGUGUCCCAUAUCGGCUGCACUAAUUUACAUCCCAACACAGGGCGCAGAGGAUCCCUCUCCUCCGAAUCCUCACCAACACUCGUUCCAUGUGUCUUCUUGGGAACCGCCACUCUAGCAGGCGUGAGGGGAGCCUUGUGGUUUGGAUUUGCAUGUCCCUGAUGAUGAGUGAUGAUGAAUGCCUUUUCCUAGACCUGCUGGCCAUUCACAUGUCUUCAUCUGAGAUGAAGCGUUCUCAUAGCUGUUGAACUUGGACAAUAAUUGAUGCCUGGAGAGUAUCACUCAGUGGCUCCUGCCUGAUAAAGCUAGGUUUAGCAAUUAAUUUUUAAAAACCUUAUUAUUGUAUGAACCCACUUUAAAAUAUCAUAGAGCACUAGACUUUAAAUCCGUGUUCUGGGAUGAGCCUAAGAAUAGAGAAACCCUUAGAGAGAGAAGGUAGAUUAGUGAUUUCCAGGGGCUGGGGUGGGUAGGCAGGGGGUGAUUACUGAUAGAGACGGGGUUCCUUUUGGGGUGAUGAGAUAAUUCUGGAACUAGACGGUGGCGAUGGCUGCACAGCAUGGUGCAUGUCUUAGUGCCAUGAAAUUGUGCCCUUGAAGAGGGUAAAAAUGAUGAAAUGUAUGAAUGUGCGUUUUACCAAAGUAACAAAAUAUCUGUGGGAGCUUAAUCCUCAUAGGAUUCUUUAGUGCUGUCCUUUCCCUGGAGCAAGUAAAUGUUCUGGGGUGAACAAGAAUAUGUGUUGGGGGAAAAUAUGACGUUCUAACUCUUUUUGUCUAUCUUUUUGCAUAACUAUGACUAAGGGCUUUGCUUUGGAUCUUGUCCUGAUGAGAAAACAUAAAGGGCUUACUUUAUUGUUACAUCAGAUUUUAGGAGCUUCACUUGACUGUCCUAUUUAAUUUAUAGUCAAGAACCACGUUGUUUCAAUUGACAGGAAAACUGAUUCAACUUCUGCGCAGUGAUUUCCGACAAAUCAGAAUCCAGGGGGCAUUAAGAUUUUAAACCACAAUAUGUAGUCAAGUAUAGACACUGGGAGAUUUCCACUGCGUUGAAUUCGAUGCUGCUGAAGAAGUGGCAUCCAGGAUAAGGGAUUUUGAAGGGAGGGGCGGAUGGAGUAGAAACUUAAACUAAUCAGGCUCAUGCUUUUUCCCCCCUAGACUUCUGAACGAACAGUGAAUCUGUUACUGAGGAAAACCAGAGGAAGCCUGUGUAGAUAGGUAUCAAUUAGAUACCAGCUACUAGAAGAGCUUUCUCAGAGACUGAUUAAAAAAUUCUCCACUAGAUAUGGCUGCAAAUUGCACAUCCUCAUGGCGUCAGAGAGAACCCUGCAACAGACCUGGGUUGGAGCUGCCACGGUCUAUGGCAUCCUCAGAAACUCAACUUGGAAAUCGACGCAUGGACCCUGAGAUUUCUCACGUGAACUUCAGGAUGUUCAGCUGCCAAGAGUCGGACCCCAUCCAGGCUCGGAAACUCACUGAGCUGUGCCAUCUGUGGCUGAGACCCGACCUCCACACACCAAGAGCAGAUCUGGACAUGCUGGUGAUGGAGCAGUUCAUGAUCUCCAUGCCCCAGGAGCUCCAGGUCUUAGUCAUGAUGAACGGCGUGCAGAGCUGCAAAGACCUGGAGGACCUGCUACGAAAUAACAGAAGACCCAAGAGAAAGUCUGUAGUCACCUUCCACGGAAAGGAAUAUAUUGUACAGGACUCAGAUGUUGAGAUGGCUGAAAGGCCGCCGAAAAUGAGAAUGAUCAGGGACAUCAGCCAGCGGGCCUCCUCUGUGAGCCCAGGCGCGUCCGGGGAAGGCCAGGCCACUUGAGAGCUGCAGACCCUGCCCAGGAUCCCUGCACUGUUCGGGAGGCGGGUGAGCGUGGGAGAGGACUAUCUGCUACACCAAAAUAUUGACAAGGGUGACCCAAAGUCUCAGGACCAGCUGACCUUGGAGGAUCUGAAGGAAAACAGGGGAGAGAACCCAGAACUUACUCCCCAGAGUCUCCCAGCUUCCAAAAGCGUCCCAAACCUAUGAAAUGCAAAGGAGGGGAAGGAACCCCCAAAAAUAGCCGUUGUGGAAAAUGUGGAUGCCAACACACCUUCUGCCUGCGUUGGGAAAGCUUCGACUCACAGUGGGAACAGAGAGCACUCAAAAUCUCAGGGUCAAAGCAAGCGAGGACUUCCCUCCAUUUCCCAAGAAGAACCUCAGGAGGAGCCUGUGGGCAGCAGAGUCCCGGGACAAGCUGGGAUGAAUUCAAUUCAUUCCCGGCCUGCGAGCCCAGUCAGUCUUCAGAUGGCCAGAAGCCAGGCACUGCCGCCCUUUGCAUGUGACGUGUGCGGGGAUUUUACCUGUAAUUCAAGCUAGUCAUCCACAAGAGAUCACACACAGGAGAGACUCUUUCAAUGUAAUCUCUGUGGGACGUUCAUGCAGCUCAUUAGCCUCCAGUUUCUGUGAACCCACACCGGCGAGAGACCCUACACGUGUAGCGUCUGCAAGCAGUUCACCCAAAUUCUACACAAGUGUGUCACCCAAGAAGGCCACACAGGGGAGAAGCCCUUGGGAAUGUAAGACUGCAAGAGGACCGUGGGGAGCCUGAAGAGCUUUCAGCGCCUAUCAGGAGAAACCUAUAAAUGCUCCAAGUGUCCAAGAGCCUUGUCGGCUGAAAUUGUUAGACGCCACCAGAAAAACACAUCCAAAGCCACUUCUCAGUGAUUGCAUAAUCUGGUCUAUGCCUUCUGCACCAAGAAGAAGUGAAUGAUGAUUUUUCACUGAUGUUACCAGAAGUACAUUUGACACGUGCAGGGCGCCACAGCACACACAGGGAGUGCCCUAGAUAUGGUGCCAUGAUGUUUGAGGUAAAUAUGUAUCUCCCACUGAGCUUUGUUUUCUGUUUCAUUAUGUCCAUUGUUUUCCUAUAGGUUUAUUUUGGUUUCUGUUGCUGUUCUUUCAGCCGUAGUCAUCUUAUUAGUUUUCAAUAUUGUA